UCCCAGGACUGGAGAAACCUCUUGGUCUGUAAUAGCUGUGUUUCUUGAGCAGGAAAAUGUCUGACACGGAGGAGCAUGUUGACCUUCAGAAGCAAGCCGAGUCCACAGCAGACAGCGAAGCGACUGCCGAUGUCAUCAGUAUCCCUCGGCCUUUAGAAGAAGUAGAAGAGUCAGAUGUUACUGCCGAGCAAGAAUCGGAAGUAGAGGAAUUCACAGAGAGCGAGGGAACCACAGAGGGGCGCAGUGAACGCAGCAUUUCCACUGCAAAAUCGUAUGAUCCCAAACACAGGGACGAGGGCGGGUCCUCUGAAAAUGAUGUACACUCUCAGGAAGAAAAGCAGAAGUAUGCAGAGUAUCGGAGACUAGAAGAGGACCACAUGUUAUUUCUGAAUCAAAUAAAAGCUAUAAAGGAGAAUGUGCAGAUGUCAAUAAAAGAAUCUUCAGCAACAGUAAAAAUUGUACUUAUUCCUGUAGGCCAGGAAAUCAUAAUGCCUUUUAGAGUUGAUGCUCCAUUUAGAUUCCUCAAGGAGCACUUUGCACACCUCUUGCGUAUCCCACAUUAUGUACUGCAAAUAACACAUGCAGGAAUAAUUGUUGGGAAUAAUGAAUCUCUAAUACAAUAUGGAGUUAAACCACAGGAAAUUGUCCAGGUGGAGAUAUUUUCCACACAUCCCGAUGAAUAUCCAGUCAGAAGAGUAGAAGGCUUGAGCGAGGGCUCCCAGAUCAUAACGGUCACCAUACAGACUGGCACUGAUAACUACGAGGAGGUAGCUGUUGAGAUAAUAAAAACCGACUUCCACAAGCCAUUUCUUGGUGGAUUUAGACAUAAAAUAACAGGAGUAGAAUACCACAAUGCUGGAACACAAACCGUACCAAGAAAGAUUCCUGAAAAAUUCAAUCUGUUUUGUAGGGACACCCAGACAGUUUUUCAGAGGAAAAAGAUGCAACAAACUACAAACACGACAUCCACUCAGAUGAAUAAAAUUGGUGUGUAUGUAUCAAACAUGACUGAUAAAUUGCUCAAGCCAGGAAGGUACUUUACAGCAGCAGAGUUCCAUGCCAAAAGGUUGCAUGCGGUGAUUGUGAUACAGACUUGCUACAGGCAGUGGCAUGCUAAACGCUAUGUGGACAGCUUAAGACAACAGAAGAAAAGGAGGCUGGAGUGGGAGGAAGAGCAAGAGCUCAAGAAGAUCAGAGAAAAAGAGGAAUGGGUGCAGAUGGACUACUAUCGGAGGCACAACCCGAAGACGAGGGAAGACUUUGAGCUCCUUUACAACGCUAUGGAGCUUUGGCGUCAAGAAGAAGUUGCACAAAUUGACCAAUAUUUAACUCAAGCUGAAAGGAAGGCUGCUCUGUGCGAACUUUUGGAAAAAGAGACACAGAUAAUUGCUUCCAUCGGGAGACAUAGAUACGUUGCUCAUAUGGAGAGCCAAGACACAGCUAUACAAAGUUUUAUGGAUAAGUGUUCAGCUCCAAAGACCUGGAGGAGACCUGAUGGCAAGACCAUUGAAAUGGACACACAGUUCACUAUAAGAGCCAGAGAAUUGCAGAGCAUCUACAAGUGUAUCAUGCUAAAAGACCUCUCUCAGGAUGAGAGGCUGGACAUACUCCUGACACUGAAGCACACUGUGAAGGAACAUGAGUGCAAACUGACCCAAGAAAUCCUAGAAUUGAUUGACAGAGAAGUUGACCUUAUGAUGAGAGGAGUCAAACCUCAUAAUCUUGAAGGACUCAGAAAAAGGAUUACGACACUCUUUUUUCACUACAUCAAAACACCUCUGUUUAAUCCUGAAGUUGCAAGAUAUCUUAAGGUCCCUCAAGACCCACUGAAGUUUUAUGAUAAGAUUUAUUUCUGCCACAGUUGCCAGAUGUAUUUGCCGUCUGUGGAAUUUUCUGUGUCACCUACCUCACAUCGUAUAUACCGCUGCCGUCACUGUGUGAACCUUGCGAAUGAGACUGAAAAACGGGAAUCGUUUUUGAAGUACAAGUGUUUACUUCAGCGGCUCUAUUACUCAGAAGCUGACUAUGGGGAUGACUCUCAGAUUGCUUUCCUCAUGCAGCUCCAAGAUAUUAAGUACUUGACGGAGAACAUCUGGGCCUCCCAGUCCAUCCUCAGUGCCUGGGAUGAUCUCAAUGACCUAGUCAUGGUCAGGUGGGAUAAGAACGUGCAGUGGUCUCCCUGGAACUGCAUUCUUCUCACCAAGGAUGAAGGGGAAGCUCAUCUCAAAAUGGAGAGUAUUGAGCAGGGGUAUGAACGGAUUUUUAUUCACAAGGUCAAGCACAAGCAUAUCCUGGCUAAAAACUAUUUUUCACAGAUUCCAGUGCUGGCUUCACUUAUACUUGAAGACAGUGAAAUAGAAGAUAUCAGAAGUAAAUACUGCACAGAUAGGCCACCUAAAGUGAUAGAAGCCCGUGGGACUCAACCUUAGGGGACUCAGGAAUACCAUUCUGAUGAUGAACAUUUUUGUUGUCUACUAAGAGAGUAAUACAAAGGUC